AUGGAGGAUUUCGACAUUUCGCCUAGUCCUAUACUUGCCGAUCUUUUUCAGCCGCAUGAGUUUGAUCAGAUCGUACCAGACAUGUUUCCGACACCUAUCAUCAUUUCUGAUGAUGACACCGAGCCUGAUGAUGCGGUUCCGACACCCUUUAUUGUCAUUUCUGACGAUGAGACCAAUGCGGAUGAUCUUGUUCCGCAGAUGCCUACGGUAGCACCACCGAGCCCCAUCACUAUCUGGUCUACGGGUACUACUGGAGAUACACCGAGUUAUGAUCCUGCUGAGGACCAGGGCACUUCGCCACCUACUCCAGAUGUGUCGACACCAUCAUAUGGUCCCUUACCUUUGUCUCCGGGAUUACCCGAUCCUACUCUCAGCCCGGCGAUUGACAUACAUUAUGAGAUGGGUCUGGAGGGAUUUUACGAUCUGCCGAUGGAGAGUAUUGGUGACAGCCAUGAUGAUCCCUUACUUUACUAUCCAGACAUCAUGAUUCCUGAUGAGCCAGCAAACUAUCAGUCCAUGGAGAGCGUUGGACACCCUGAUGACGACCCAUUCCUUUAUGAUCCAGACGUGAUGAUGAUGGACCAGCCACUUCCUCAGCCGGCGGACUUAUCUUUUUCUCAUACCAUACCUGCGAGUGGAGAGCCUUCCAGCUUUCCACCCAUGGAGCCAUCCACGACCUACUCACCAUUAUCUCAGCCAUUCUAUGACAACGAAGAGCCUUCCAGCUUUCCGACGAUGGAGGUACCCAUGACUGAGUUACCAUUUUACCAGACCACUUAUCAGACCGGAGGGCCAUCUAGCCUUCCAGCGAUGGAUGCAUCUUUUGAUCUUGGAGGAUCUGCUUCUUCUGGUGAUCCUUACGCACCUCAGUCAUAUCACUAUGGACAGGGUAGCGAUGUUUUUGGUGUCGGAGCAGGAUAUGUGGAUCCACACGGAUUCCCAUAUCAUACUUAUCUUGGUGGAUCGGAUCUGUACCCGAGGUGUUUUACUUGUGGAGGCAUAGGACAUUCGACUGGCGUGUGCACGAGCUACGACGAGCCAGCAGCGAUAGAGUAA